AGACGGUCGACGUCAGCCGUAGAAGAACAGGCAUCACACUCAAAGCUCACAAGUUGCCGAGAAACCGAGCCGGUGUAUGAGAGAAACAUUUAUUAAAGUGUAUGAGAGAGGCUGACAGCGUGUCCGCGGACACCACAGCACCGAAGGCUCUGAGGCUGCCACUGUGACAACAUGAGCUCUAAGGUGUGUAAGAACUGUGGGUGCACGGACAUCGAUGUGGACCAUGCUCGGGGCGACGCUGUCUGCAUGGGCUGUGGCUCCGUGUUGGAGGACAACAUUAUUGUGUCAGAGGUGGAAUUUGUGGAGACGGGAGGCGGAGGAUCACUGGCCGUUGGACAGUUUGUCUCAACCGAGGGAGCCAAACUGCCCAGUUUUGGAGACGGACACCUCACAGGUAUUGGGAAGGCGUCCCGAGCACAGACCCUGCAGAAAGCGAAAAACUACAUCAACAACCUGGGCCACCAGCUCCAGAUGAACCAGCACUGCUUGGACAUGGCCUUCAACUUCUACAAAAUGGCUUUGACCAAACGGCUGACCUACGGCCGCAAGUCUUCACACGUAAUCGCCGCCUGUCUGUACAUGGUCUGCCGCACGGAGGGAACACCACAUAUGCUGCUGGAUCUCAGCGAUAUUUUGCAGGUGAAUGUCUACAUCCUGGGAAGAACCUUCUUGGUUCUGGCCCGAGAGCUGUGCAUCAACGCCCCAGCUAUAGAUCCCUGUUUGUAUAUUCCUCGUUUUGCUCAGCUGCUUGAGUUUGGAGACAAGAAUCAUGACGUUUCCAUGACUGCAAUGAGACUAGUGCAGCGAAUGAAAAGGGACUGGAUGCACACAGGACGAAGGCCAUCGGGACUCUGUGGAGCAGCUCUGCUGGUUGCGGCUCGCAUGUACGAAUUUCGCCGCACCAUUAAAGAAAUUAUCCAUGUUGUGAAAGUUUCUGACAGGACAUUAAGAAAAAGACUGACAGAGUUUGAGGAUACACCCAGCAGUCAGAUGACUAUCGAGGAGUUUAUGAAGGUUGACCUGGAAGUAGAGUGUGACCCGCCCUCGUUUACAGCUGGACUGAAGAAGAUCAAAGCCAGUCAGCUGGAAACCGAGUUGAAGAAAGAGAUGGAUGACGUUGAAGAUGAAAUUAAAGGCUACCGGGAUGAAAUUGAGACAGAGCUGCAGAACAGCAGACCCAAGCUGAAAGGAAUAUACGCCGCCUAUGUCAGAGAAGACUGUGAAAACAACAGUGACGCUGGGGAUGAUGAGGAACUAGAUGAAGAUGUGGAAGAAGUGCUGAAGAAUGUGGCUGAACACUUUGGCAAAGACCUUAAUGAGCUGACGUUGGAGACUCUGGUGAAACUAGAGUCAACACCCGAGGAGCUGGAGGGCGGUUUCCCAAAGCGAAAGGGUCCAUCGGUGGAGUCCAUCCUGGGCCAGAUGGCGACGGCAGCCACACUGCGUCUUUCUGACAUCGUCAGUGACUGUGCUGAAGGUGUGAAAGAGGCCUCUGAGUGCAACUCAAAUGGUGCCGAUGACAGUGGGGAGCUGGACCUGAGUGGGAUCGAUGAAAAAGAGAUCGACCUGUACCUGUUGAAUGACGACGAAAUCAGAGUCAAAACUGCACUCUGGAUGGCGGAAAACACAGUCUACUUAAAGGAGCAGAAAGAAAAAGAGGCUAAGAUAGCAAAAGAAAAGGAGUUGGGGACCUACAAAGAAAAGAAGCCAAAACAACCAAGAAAGCAACGUACAAGGAUACAAGCCAGUACUGCUGAUGAGGCCAUUGAGAAGAUGUUGGAGCAGAAGAAAAUUUCCUCCAAGAUCAACUAUGAUGUCCUGAAGGACCUCAAUGUCAAGCCUGUGUCCAGCCCAGCACACAAGUCCAAAAACCAAAAUGAAGUGCCUCCUGCAAAGACUGCAGGAUACAACCGUAAACCAGCAGCUCGCAACUCACCGAGCCUGAGCAUGCCACUCGACACGCUUGGAAAAAGGUUGCAGCCGUUUGUCACUGGAACACCCAAAAAGAAGCUGGCUGUAGAGCAGGCAGCCGAGUCCAACUCGCAGCAGGUACCUGUCGCAGCUCCGGCCAGCAGCGUGGUGGUGGAGAGUGGACCCGUCGUCUACGACGACGUAGCUGUGGAGGAGGAGGAGGAUGAUGAAGAGGAGCCUUGUGUCAGCGCCAUGGAGCUGAUGGGCAGCAAUGAAUAUGGCUGCGAUGGUGAUUAUGAAGAUGGAUUUUAGCAGUGACUUUUUCCUGGAUCAUCGUCCCCAGUUGGUACAAAUCACAUUGGAUCCCAUUCUGCAUCAGGCCAAAUGUUUCCGAGGCGGGACAGAGAAUAUCUGCAAUCCAGCUCUGGUCUUGGUUAACAUUCCAUCUGGAAUACAUGGGGAGGGUUCACAGUUUGGAUGCAGAGAGGGAAUAAAGUUUAAAAGAUUUUAUUAUCUUCAACACACUAAACCCACUAUAAGUAAGUAAAUAAACACUUGAUAGGCUACAGAUGCUGUCUGCGAGAUGAGUCCUUGGAUUUUAUCAAGUAUGUGCCACUUUGGAUUAGUUGGUGUUUUCAGGAUGGUGUAAUGUAGCUCAAGAAAUGACAAAAAUAUAUAAAAGCUGCUGUCCUUGAAUGUGCAUAUCACAUUAACUAUGCUUGAGUACUUGACAAGAAUGUGACUUUAAGAACUUCUAAAUAUGAGUUUCUACAUUAUUGUGCCAACAAUAACAUACUUGAAAACAAGCGGUUAGCAAUCAAGUGGCAUGGGUACCAAUAAUUAUAUUUGUUGAUGCCUCAGCAGUUUGUUGAAAUUAACUCUUGGGAGGAGAAAUCAAUCAUGCUGGAUUGAGAGUGAUACUGAGAUUUUAUUUUCAGAAGUAGUUGAUAUAAGGCUCAUGAUUGCUGAACUCUUAUUUUUAUUUUAUUUUUUUAAUGAAAUUGGUUCUCUAAUUUAUUUUGUUCAAACAGGCCGUGGAAGCAGCCUAAGCAGUAUUUUCCAAAUGAAUGGAGCACAAUUUUAUUUUGUAGUUAAGGUUUUUUUUUUUUUUUAGAAUUUUUGAUUGAGGAAUAUGUUGCCUGGCAGAUGAAAAUAAUUGUGGCCUUCUCACUAUGUUCCCACAGCAGUUAGCCGCGACUACCUCUGUGUUCCCGCUGCGUUUUACAAUAAUGUGUGUUUCCUACAACAGUAAAAGUUUCACUACAUG